AUGUCGGGCAUCACAACUUCGGAAACGUCCCUGGCGAGGCCGUUGUAUUCUCGGUUGCGCGAAAACACAAUCCGGCUUCUUCGGUUCAAGGGAGUUAGUUGUGCGAAACACCUCAACCGCCUUCAUUGCGAAAUCGAAGUGGCAGAGAUCGGGAGUAAGGAAUACGAUGCAGUCUCCUACGUUUGGGGCUCAGUGGAAGAGCAGAGCGAAGUUGUCUGCAAUGAGCAUUGUGUGCGCAUCCCAACGAAUUUACUUAACGCGCUCCUUCAGAUCUGGACGGAGCUUCCCGAUCGGUUAUUGUGGGUCGAUGCUCUUUGCAUUAAUCAAGAAGAUCAGAUCGAGAAGGCUGUGCAGGUUCGUUUAAUGGGCCCGAUUUUUUCUGAAGCCACCAUAGUCCGCGCCUGGCUCGGAGACGGUCCCGAAUACUCGACGGAAGCAUGGCGGGAGCUGGAGGAAUGGUCCACAUAUGAGCUCGAAGGUGGGCGCCUGCACGAGGAAUACCAAGACCGCCGCUUGAUCCCUCAGCAUCUGGCACGCGAUGAAGAGACAGAGAACGCCUUUUGGGCUGCUAUAUAUUGGCUCAUUGCCGGUCCGUGGUUUACCAGAACUUGGAUCUUUCAGGAAGCUGUGCUAGCUCAACACGCAAUCGUUCACUGUGGGAGACUCUCGAUGGAGUGGAGCCAAUUUGCAAAAGGAGCAAUGAACAUCGCCGCGGGAUACUUCGAGGGGCCCGCAGACUCGCACGCCUGGGACAUUGAGAGGGGUAGAAUGCUCCUCGGGGUCAAGUCCUCCACCGACUUUGGGCCCUUUUUUGAUGCUUCUGACAGAUCUCCAUGCUGCUUACUGGACCAGCUAAGUCUUAACUGGCAAAGGAAUUGUUCGAACCCUCGGGAUAAAAUCUACGGCGUCCUAGGUGUUCUGAGCCUGUCCAACACUUAUGCCAUCAAAGUCGACUACAGCCUGCCCACUAGCCAGGUCUACGCAGACGCUUGUUUGGCAUGCAUCAAGGUCGAAAAUAGGAUCGAUAUGCUUCGAACUGCCGGCUUAGAGAAUCGGAUUUUAGACCGUCAAAAACGAUACCCAAAACAGGUCGAGCUACUCCGCAGCUCGAUGUCUCCCUCAAGGCUGGAAACGGCUCUCGACAUUGAGCAAAACCUUCCAUCAUGGUGCCCCAAUUGGUAUUUGCCUGUUGGUCUGAGAAACCUUGUACAAUCGGCCCCUCAAGAUGUUUACCCACCGAGUUCCUCCGAAACAAAGUACUUCGACGAACCCGUUAUUGGAAUCGAGACCGCUGGCUCCUGUCUUCAGCUUCGCGGUUUUGUUCUCGGACACAUCUCGGUUUUCUCUGGUCAAUUCUACCUAUGUGAAAUCCCUCGGGCUAAAGACUCGGAAGUUAACAGCGAAACAGAUGAAAGAGGCUCAGCGGCUCGAUAUGAGGAGCUUAGCCAAGGCUCCAGGAAAGGUUCUCCGUCGUUGUUGAGCCACACAUCUUCUCUGGAAAAUCUGGACGGAUCGCAUUGCUCUUCUGGAAUUGCUCGAGACGAGAAAUGUGUGUCCCUUACGUCACGAAGCAAGCGGCAAACCUGGUACCUCGAAAGGUAUUUGAAAAGCUCGCCCAGUAGAGAUUCACACGUCCAGCGUACGGAGCCAACCAUUGAACCUUCGAUCCUCCUUGACUGGAUUGGUCUUCCACGAGAUGAGAAUAAGGAGUCAAUGGGCAUCCCUCGUCGGCGAUACUACCUCGAUGACAUCCCCCCCGAUCUCAUCGAGCCCACCUUCAUAAGAGAAGGAGACUGGUUAGCCAUGAUAUUUGGAUCCCACGAUAUACAUGUACUCAGACCUCACAGGCCAUCUACUCAGAGUCCGAUGGGUGACGAAGACUCUCGACGUGAAACCGCACGGUUCAUUCUUGUCCAGCGAUUCUUGGGUGUGUUGAAUGCAUCCGCACAAAUGUUCUUCAGACACGGCGUCGGCGCGUUUCCACCGCAGACGUCGCCUUGUUUCCGGACCGAGACACUCGAUUUUGUUCUAGUAUAGGGUUGAAUUCUGCUC